GAGCCAGGCCGAGCCAAUUCCAAUAUGGUGGCCAGCUUGGCAGGUCUACGGUUCCCGUGCAUGUUAUUGUUGUUCUGCGGGAUCGGGCACGGCGACUGCGGCCGGGACGCGCCGCCGGUUCUGGGGCUGCGACUGGAAGACCCGGCCGGCCUGGUGUGCAUGACGGGCCGGGACCUCUCGGCGCCGGACGGGGCCGCGUUCAAGCUCCGGCUCUUCGGGACCGAGCCGAACGCGAGCUGGCCGUGGGUGGCGUUCGCGGGCGCAGCCGCCGGCGGAGUCGCCGGGGCGGUCGGGGACGCGCCGGACCCGUGCGUAAAGGAGUCCAACCGGCGCGCGUCCUCCUUCCAGGUGACGGGCGCGUUCAUGCAGGAUGAGGCGCACAGCGGGCUGAUAACGGUGGAGGUCCGGCGGCGGGGGGGCGUCCCGUCAGGGGUCGAGACCGACCACCACCUGUGCGUGCACAGCGGGGGGGAGUGGGCCACCGUGGGCCCGGACCGGCUCCGGAUCACCACGGACACGGGUCUGCCGGCGGACCACAUCCCCCCGUGGGCCCUGGCGGUGCUGGUCGUGCUGCUGCUGCCCGUGUGCGCGCUGCUGCGCGUCGUGAACCUCAGCCUGCUGUGGCCGGACCCCGUGGAGCUCUACGUGCUGCACAGCUGCGGCUCGGAGGAGGAGAAGCGGGCCGCCAAGCGCCUGGUUCCCCUCCGGAGGAGGGGCAACUUCCUGGCCUGCUCGCUGCUCUUCCUCUCCGCCCUCGGCCAGGCGGCGGUCGUUGUGCUGCUGCUCCGUGCGCUCGGCACCGUCGUCUCCGCCGUGUUCGCCGGCGGCUUACUGGUGUUCCUGGUGGCGGAGCUGGCGCCCCAUGUGCUCUGCUCCGGCUACGGCUUCCAGCUGGCGCCGGGCCUCACCUGGCUGGCCCAGGUGUGCCUGGUGCUCACCUGCCCGCUGUCUUGCCCCCUGGGCCUCAUCCUGGACCUGGUGCUGAGGAGGGACAUCAGCACCUGCGGCAUCCGGGAGCGCGCCAUGGAGAUGAUCCGCACCAGCGUCAACGACCCGUACAGUGAGUUUGUGAAGGAGGAGUUCAGCCGCGGGAUGCUGCGCAGCAAGACGGUGGAGGACAUCCUGACGCCGCUGAAGGACUGCUUCAUGCUGCCCAGCUCCGUGGUGCUGGACUUCUCCACCAUGUCGGACAUCAUGCAGAGCGGCUACACCCGGGUGCCCGUGUACGAGGAGGAGAGGUCCAACAUCGUGGAGAUCCUGUACGUGAAGGACUUGGCUCUGGUGGACCCGGACGACUGCACCCCCAUGACCACCAUCACCAAGUUCUACAACCACCCGCUGCACUACGUCUUCAACGACACCAAGCUGGACGCCAUGCUGGAGGAGUUCAAGAAGGGCAACUCUCACAUGGCCAUCGUCCAGAAGGUCAACAACGAGGGGGAGGGGGACCCGUUCUACGAGGUGCUGGGAUUGGUCACCCUGGAGGACGUCAUCGAGGAGAUCAUCAAGUCUGAGAUCCUGGACGAGUCCGACGGCUACCUGGACCGGAAGGUGAAGCGUCCUCUCGCUCCGCUGGAGAUUCCCCUGGAGCCUCGCAGAGUCCACGAGGAGUUUUCUAUCUUCAAGCCCCCAGAAGGAGAACCGAAGAUCAGGACGUCACCGCAGCUGCUGCUGGCGACACACCGCUUCCUGUCCAGAGAGGUGUCUCACUUCAGCCCCGGCCGCAUGUCGGAGAAGGUUCUGUUCCACCUGCUCCGUCACCCCAGUGUGAACCAGGAAGUGCCCUUUGACCCCAACGACCGGCUGAGCCCGGGUCACUACCUCUACACCCGCAACCACCCGGUGGACUACUUCAUCCUGCUGCUGCAGGGUCGAGUGGAGGUAGAAAUCGGGAAAGAGGGGCUGAAGUUUGAGAACGGAGCGUUCACGUACUACGGCGUUUCUGCGCUCACGCUGCCCUCUUCAGUGCACCAGUCUCCGGUGUCGAGUCAGUGCCAGUCUCCCAGUGAUCCCUUUGAGUCGGCAGACGCCACGAGUCCGUCCAGCUACUGCCCCGACUACACCGUCCGGGCGCUCACCGACCUGCAGCUCAUACGGGUGACCCGUCUCCAGUACCUGAACGCCCUCAUGGCGUCCCGGGUCGGUCAGAGUCCCGAUCCUCCAGAGAUUAAGAUUCUGCCCAACAGUCAGACCAAGCUGCUCAACGACAGAAACUCACAAGGUGGCAGUAGCGCCCAGGAGAGCUCCACAGAAGAGGAGGCUCAUGGGUAAUGCAGUUCUGACCCCGGUGUAUUUUAUAGUGAUGUUAAUGGUGAAUCAUUUAUGGCUGGAACGUAGUUAUUGGACCGAAGUGGAGCGAGAGGUUGUGCGUCACGUCUCCUUCCUCAUGCCUUCAGUUUGUGAUUUUAAUUACAACUUAUUAUUUUAAUGCUGUUUUAUACACUUUGGACUUUAUGUACAUAAACACGUUCUAUUUUAAUCUGGCCUUUUCUUCUGCGUACUAAACUCAUCACGAUUCCCGUGUGUGUGUGUGUGUGGCAUCCGUCCCUUUUUAAAUCACUUAAAACAACAUAAAGCAGAUUUGCAGAUCAAUGUGUGAACCGCUGAUAGUAUUGAACUCUUUUUACAAGCUGUAAGGUACGUCCGCUAUUUUAUACCACGUGUGUGUGUGCGUGUGGCCAAGAACAAGCUUUCAGAGGUAGUUUAUACUUGAAUAUUAAUUUAGAAAGUGAGGAUUUUACAAAGUGUAACCAAAGUUAAUAGAGAAAUAAAUUAUUGAAAUCAAUAAUCGAAUCAUUUAGUUUCACGUGAUGAUCAACGGAAUGUGAUUAAUAGUUUCUCAAGACGGAAAGGAGACGCUUCAACACUUUUUCUAUUUGAGAAACGAUUCCCCAAGAGAGGCGGAGCCCCUCCCCCUCCCUUCCCUCCCCCUCCAGUCCUAAUUGAGGGCAAAGAAACCCACGAGUCAACCCUGACCCCAACACACAUUUAAAGAAACAGUUACGUUUAUUUUGUCUCUCGUCACCAACAGAUUCUCAUCAGUGUCUAAUUUAUUUAACUUCUGUCAACAUUCCUUUGUGUGUGUGUGUGUGUGUGUGUCACCGCUGUGUGUGAACAUGUGGAAUAUGUCGUAAACGGCCUCUAAAGGACCCGUUGUGUUCCUCGUGUUAUUACAUUAAUAUUAACGAUGUAUAUAUAAAAAAGGGGAAAUCUCUGAGAUCCAUUUGACUGAAGAAUUAAAAUCUGUGUUUUUAAAGUGUAUUUUGACACAAUACUCACAAGUUUACAUACGUUUUUAUAUACGUCAACAACUCUUCUCUCGGCUCGCACGGCAGAGCUCCGAUGCUGGCGCGCACUGGUGAGCAAGUUAUGUGCCCCCUGUGUAUAAAUGCAGGGCUCUCAAGUGUCUGCGCGCAUCGGGACGGAGCAAAGAAAAGUCACUAGCACCCCCCACCCCCCCGUCAACAACUCUUCUCGGAGCUCUUGCCGGUCUUGAGAGCCUGUAAAUGUAUAUAUGUGAUUAAUCAUGAUUAAUCCACAGAAACCUGUGAUUAACCUGAUUAAAAAUUGUAAUCGUUUCACAGCCCUAAUAUAUACACGUUGAGGAAGUGGUUGGUCGUAUCAACACACAGUACACACAGUACCUGUGAGUAUUGUGUUUAAAUACACCUUAAAGCAGCAGCAGGUUGUUGAGUGUCGUUUCAGUUCCGUCUCUUUUGAUUCAGCGUACAUAUUUAGUUUGAUUAGUUAUAAGUUCAUUUUUACGACAUCGGGAGAAUGAAUGAAACGAGGUCAUCGCAACAUUGUAGCGAGUCCAAAGAGGUGUGUGUGUGUGUGUGUUAAUGUGCGAGCACUCUGAGCGUCUCCAGGUACGAUAACUCUCAACUUAUUGAGAAACGGUUAAAUUCAUCUUUCUGGCCACGUUACGGUUGAAUAGAAGUUCUGUUUUAUCUUUGGGGAAUGUUUGUUUAUUUGUUUGUUUAUGUUUUGGUGCAUCGAGAGACUCAAGUUCACAUGUUCAAUAGUUUCUAAGGAAAUAAACUCAAACCUGUUCUAA